CCUCUCUAGGCAAUGGUUGUCUAUCGAAUGAGUCCUUUGAUUUGUUUUUUUUGUGCCGGACGGAAGUGAAAGCGACACGGAAAAAAACGGUCGGAAUACGAAAAUAUUUAAGGAUGCGUCACGAAAGCAGAAGCUUUGUGGCACUUGAGGAACAUCUGGGAGAGUGAGUCGCCCCCUUCUUCUGGCACCAUGGGCGGGAGACCGAACCGGGCCCCACCCUGAUGUUUUAUUGGCAACGUCCUGUUCGUGCAAAGGGUGCCUUGGGGAAACACCUGAGCGAUGAGGAAAAAGAGUGAACCUUCCCCGAAGAUUAAGAAGUCAGGAUCCACCAGAGUACAGUGUCUUGCCUGUGCCACCUGAGGCAUCCUUCCAAAUCUCCGCACAGAGAAUGCAACACUGAUUUCCAGGACUGCCUGGUCCUGCAGGGACACACUGUGCCCAGAGCCGUGCAACAAAAGAGUGACAUGUCAGACCCAUUGUGACACUUAAAGAGCAUCUUAAGCACAGCCAGAACACAACCAAGUUAUGAAGGAGAGAGAGCUCAAUUUCUGUUGUGCCCUGGCAAUAUGUCUAACGGACAGAACCUAACAGGGUCCGGUAGCGGAGAACAGUCCCAAGCAGAAAUAAUUCAUUCUCCUUCUGAACACCAGGCAGCAGACCCCAAGCCUUCCAAUCUACUUCUCACUGUAGAAAAUGUUCAGAAACUUCAAGAAGAGUAUCCAGUUGCUAAAUCUGGCUCAGCCAGGGAGUCAAUUGAGGCAUACAUUGAGCAGAGUAAUCUCUAUCUGAAUAAGAGUGAAACUAAUACAGAUGAAGGCAAGGGGCAGAAGCUACUGGAUGAAAAAGAGAAAAAUUCUCUUAUUCCUCAAAGAGAAGGUAUCUGCCAAGAUCCCGCAGAAGACUUGGAAGAAAGUCCAAAAAAAGAUUUCCAGACAUGUUCUUUGCCAUCUUCAACUGUCGAGGCUCAGUCAUCAAAAAGGCGUGAUGUUGCAGAUUUGGAAACGCAGACAGAAUGGAGUUACUCAGAUAGAUCUGAAGGUUCAAGUGAACAAAGAGGAAAAAAGCUGGAUCAGAGAAGCAUGACUGAAAAGGAGAAACGUGUGAGCAUAGGAAGUGAAGAACUAAGGACUGGUAGCAUUGGAGAAAAAGAAAAACAUGAGAUUGUAUUGGACAGUAAAGUGAGCUCUUCUCCCGAUGAAGAGGCUGAUGUGACAACUCUGUUGAAACAAGAGGAUCAUUCCAUUACUGACCUCUGUCACCUUGGCUGCUGUGAGUUUUGUAACAACUUCCUGAAGGGAUUGCCAACUGCAGAGGAACUUGAGGAUAAGCCAGAUACAAUGGAAAGUUUUCUUUGUUGCAGGAGUUAUAAAGAAGUUUUCGAGUGUGUGAUACAGGAGCUCUUAGAAAGUAGCUCCCCAGAAAGUGAGAUAGACAUCCGUCCACAUCCACGUCUUUCACAAACACUCAUGGAGAGCAAGACUAAAAAACUCCUGAAGGAUGAAAUAGAAGAGAGGGGCUUUGAGAACUACAGGGAGAUAUUUGAACAGUAUAUGAAGUUUGGAACAUGUAUCAAAAUUAAAUUCAAAUUAUCAGCCCACCCACCAAAAAAAAAGGUUUCCCUUAAGAAACAACGGCCGCAUCCAAAAGAACUACUGAAGAUAGACACGGAGUUCCAAGCAGAGCAAUUAAAGAUUUGCAAUCCUGUCCUGCCUGUGACAAGAUACUAUGCUGAUGGAAAGAUAUUCUUUUUUCUCUUUCCAGAUGGAACUGGCCAAGUUUACUAUCCAUCAGGUAAUAUUGCUAUCCUCAUUACCUAUGAAAGGGAUGUUCAGUUCACAUACAUCGUUCUGAGUGACAGCAGUUCGCAUGCAGUACAGGCUUUCUUCACAAAUCAAGGCUAUGCAGCAUGUUACCAUCAAAAUGGAACUAUUCAGGUGUCCUUGGACCUUUGCACUGGCUCCUUCUUCAACUGGAAAGGAUUAAGAAAGAAAUAUUGGAACUGGUGGGACACCAGCAGUCAUGUUCACGCACCUCCUUUCCAACCCAUCUGCAUUCAACUAAAUGUUUACAUCCAGGUUAAAAUUGAAGCUCAGGAUCAGAUCUUCCUAACAUUUACUAACUUUCAUCACUGUCUUAAUCUAAAUGUUGGCGCACGGUUAAAACUGAAAGAUCCAAAGAUGUUGCCUUUUCUUAAGGAACCUGAAACAAGUGAUUCCAAGAUUCAGGAGACCACAGCACUCUUAACAGACUUGAAGGAACUGUUGAAAAAGUUGUGUGCUACUUCAUCUGAAAAAGCCAAUGACCUGUAUCUUAUUGUAACAAACCUGUGUGACCAAAUGCAGUGGCGGCGUAAAAGGGGAACUGAGGCUAAACAACGUGAAAGUGGGAAGCACAUAUUUCAAAUCAGGAAAAGCUACUGAACCAGCUCUGUAUGGGGGAAAAACAUACUUCUGUUAUUGUGUAGCUAAUUCUACUUGCUACAACCUGUGCUGUUCUGCAGAUAGUGUGACUGAAAUUGUGCAA